AUUAUGGAUGCGUGCGGUGACGUCAUGUCAUAAUAACCGAAUCAGGAGCAGGGCCGAAACCCCGAUAAAUUUCUGAGCACUUUGUGUACCAUCAUUAUAGAACAACGACAAGAAAUCUGCCACUCAAAGAUUCAAACUCUUGGAAAGACUUCUCCUGUUGAGCAAAGCUCAUGCACUGAAGAAGGGAUGGGUACUUGCAAACUCUGGUGAGGCAACUGAGCGAACGGAAGCUGUGGAUAUGCCUGAGUAUCUUCAUUGGUGUGCUGUUGGACAUGGCAUGUCUGGAAGAUGUUGAAUUCACUUGCUCUGAGCUUCUACUCGGACAAUAUCAGUGCAGUGACCCUGACAUUGAUCCCACUACUCAGGCAGCCAUCGGCUGUACGGAUGGCAGUGUUAACGUUGACUGUUACCCGGCUCCUGAUAUAACGUGUGAUGGCAUCACUUACAACGGCACCACUCCAGGAUACCAAAAACAAGUUCCUUGUAGAAACACGAAGGGCUACUCCUACCGGACAACUCUCCUUCUCUCCAUCUUCUUGGGUAUGUUUGGCGUAGAUAGAAUGUAUCUGGGCUAUCCAGCUCUAGGGCUACUCAAGUUCUGCACCAUGGGGCUACUGUUCGUCGGCCAUUUUGUGGAUGUCAUACUGAUUGCAACACAGGUAGUUGGACCUGCCGAUCGCUCAGAAUACGAGAUGGAUUUCUACGCCCCAAAGCUAAUCAAGAUGGGGGUUGACAAUGAGACGUAUUACGUCCCGCAAGACGUUCUGACGUGACAUAUUGCCGGCGCAGUCAUGGAUGUAUAUAGAGACUCUAUUUUGUAUGUUUAUAAUAUCUAGAAUGAAUAUAGUCACCACUAAUGUUUCCGAAAUAUUGCUAUUGAUAAUAGAUGCAUUGAUAUGAUGCUGCUGCUGCUAUACAAAGCUAGUCUACUGCAUAUACGUGGGUAAGUCUAUAAAAGUCCUAGGUAUUUUGCCUCAUGACUUACCAUGUUUGAAAAGAACUAAAUAAUUAACAUUGAAAUUGUCCAGAAACUUUUGGUCUAAUCUGGGCCCUGUUUCGUAAAACUUGUUAUCAAUAACAAGUUACAAUAGCUGUUACAAGCUACUGAAA